GAACCUUGGUAGGGCGUACCUUGGGACCCGAUCGAGCAGCCCCGAGGCCCGUAGGGCCAGCAGAACCCCUGAGCUAGCUGUUGUAGUGGGGCCCGGCUUCCCUCACAGCAGACGUCACCCGCUGAGCCGCGCAGGUACUCCGUAAAUAGACAGACAACCCCUUCACAGGCCGGUAGUGUUCUCUCGGGAGACUGGACGACACGAUGGCAUACACGUCAGUACCCUCCGACAACCCACCAGACUACAUCCAGUCCGCCCGGGAGCAUGGCAUACGCCUGAGGCAGAGCGCCCCUGUGAGAAAGGGCCCGCUCCCCUUCGAACUGCCCAUCAUCAGCCAUCUCAGGGGCAAGAGAGUCAUCCUCGCCUCGGCCUCGCCAAGGAGGAAAGCGCUCCUGGCGCAGGUCGGCCUCAAGGACCUCGAGAUCCUCCCCUCGACGAAACCCGAAGACCUCUCCAAGAAGGAACACACGCCCCACGAGUACGUCUCGGCAACGGCCCGCCAAAAGUGCCUGGACGUGUACGAGGCGGCCCUCAAGGCCCAGGCGGAGCUGGCCGAGUCCAAGGCCGAGACCCCAGCCGACCCGGAGCUCGUCAUCGCCGCCGACACGGUCAUCGUCACCAAGGACGGGCGCAUCCUGGAGAAGCCGCGCAGCGAGGCCGACCACGUGCGCAUGCUCCGCCACCUCCGCGACACGCGCAUGCACAGGGUCCUGACCGCGGUCGUCUGCGUGGCGCCCAAGGCCGACGCCUCCCACCCGGGCUACGAGAUCGCCGCCCACACCGAGGAGACCAGGGUCUUCUUCGCCAGCGAGGACGACGGCCUGCCCGACGACGUCAUCGACUCGUACGUGCGCACCCGCGAGGGCGCCGACAAGGCCGGCGGCUACGCCGUGCAGGGCAUCGGCGGCUUGGUGCUGAUCGAGAAGCUCGAGGGCAGCGUGGACAACGUCGUCGGGCUGCCCGUGCGCAAGACGCUGGCCCUGGCGGAGAAGGCCAUCUUCCAGCAGGGGGAGGAGGAGGUCCAGUGGAGUGACGAGGAGGAGGAACGAGGCGACUGAGGGGAGGCUGGGUACUUUGAAGGUGUGGUAGAGCAGGAGAUAGUCGAUUCAGACAGGUCGGCCAAGUUGAUCUUAGAAGGGAGUGAAGGGGGGGGGGAGGAUUGGCCGGCCAUCUUACACUGUCGACCACGGCCCUCCAGGUUUUCGUCCCAUCUCAGACCCCGCCUCGACCUUAUGUACCAGCGAUCCCACCAGGAUAUCACUGAAAAUGGGGGCUGUUGGCGCAGCGGUUCACCGCGUUAGGCUUCGAUUGUUAAUCUUGCGCCCUUGGAAGCGCAUCCCCGACCUGGCAGUUCUGCUGCACACCCACGGGAUCUCUAGCACAACAUUGGGCAAUGGGAGUCGACUUGGAACGAGUAGGUGAAAGAGAUCAUAGGUCACUAGGGGUCGAGCCGCCGUACUGGUGACGGAAUAUCCAAAAAGACGCCAUAAGAACGUGUAAUUUUUUGGACUCCA